CAGGCACAAUGGGAAAGAUCGUCUUUUUCGAGGACAAGAACUUCCAGGGCCGUUCCCAUGAAAGCAGCUCUGACUGCUCUGAUCUGCACUCGUUCUUCAACCGCUGCAACUCCAUCAGGGUUGAAAAUGGAAACUGGAUGCUCUAUGAACGACCAAACUAUGCUGGACACCAGUAUUUCCUAAGAAGAGGAGAAUAUCCUGAUUUCCAGCAGUGGCUGGGUUUUAAUGAUUCCAUCAAGUCCUGCCGCCUAAUCACCUCAUACAAAGGGUCACAUAAGAUACGGAUGUAUGAGAGGGAGGAUUUUCGAGGUGAUAUGUUGGAACUGACUGAAGACUGCCCAUCAGUUUUUGAGAAGUGUCAUCAUCAUGAUAUUCAGUCUUGCAAUGUCCUGGAAGGGUCCUGGAUCUUCUAUGAGCUCCCAAACUACAAAGGAAGGCAAUAUUUCUUGAAACAAGGGGAAUAUAAGAGAUUUUCAGAGUGGGGUAGCCUGAACAGCAAAGUAGGAUCUAUGAGACGUGUUGUAGACAGUUAUUAAAUUGCUGCACUGUCACAAUAAAUAAGCAAACAUAUAUGCUUACAAAAA